CCUUUUUAUUUCCUGCUUCAGGCCACCUUCUAUCCCUUUCUGUCUUUUACUGUAACAUCCCUCAGUCAUAAAGCUCAAAAGCCGAUCGAAUCGGAAUCGAAUCGAGUCGAAUGGCCUCAGAUCUCACUUUCUCUCUCUAGCAAGCAAUCCUUCGCUUCUCCCUUACUUAAUCUAAUCUAUCUCCCCUUUUUCAAUGGCCACACUCCAGAAAUUCAAGCUCUUAGCCACCCAGUGCGCCGUCGCCGGCAGCCCCACUCGCAGCCCUACCACUAGCCCUGUCAUCCACCUCCGACGCCGCAAGACCCUCCGCAUGUUCCUCAGCCGCCCUGACCGCCGCCGAUUCGCUCGCUGCGAGGAAGCUCCUGUAGACCUCGCCGAUGAAGAUCCGACGGAAAUGAACGAAAAGGAGGUCAGAGUUCGACGGAAGCUCAAGGAUCUGUUUGUAUCUUCUCCGCCGCCGGUCGAUGAUGAAAAGAGGCGCCAAGAUGAAGAAAGGCGAGAGCAGGACGGAUUCUCGCCGGCGAUAGCGAAUUCCGGCCUCAGCAGCAGAUUCCGAACGGGUUCGGCAUUCCGACGUGGCGGAACCACAUCUCUCAGACCUGUCUCAUCGGCGUUCCGAUAUAGAUUCCUCAAAAGAGCUUGGCGACCUGUGCUCGUCACUAUCCCUGAGUAGGCACUAUGAAAACUUUGUGGAGAUAAAUCGAAAAUUUCCCGAAUUUUUUA